AAGUCUUCAGGGGCUCCGUGAGUCGAUUGGCUGGCAGUAUAAGUUCCCGGGCUCAGCAUUGAUCCUCAACAGUCUCUGAUACUACUGCCUCUAGUUAGAUAGUAAUUCACUUCGAAGUUGUGUUCGUAAGUGUAUUCGAAGGAGCAAGCGCUGGAAUUGUUCGUUCCAGAUUGUUAUUUGUUGUUCAGUAAAUCGUAGGAAGUAGAGAACAUGCAGAUCUUUGUGAAGACGCUGACGGGAAAGACCAUCACGCUCGAGGUCGAGAGCAGCGAUACCAUCGACAAUGUGAAGGCCAAGAUUCAGGAUAAGGAGGGAAUCCCCCCUGACCAGCAGAGGUUGAUCUUUGCUGGAAAGCAGCUCGAAGACGGCCGCACCCUUGCAGAUUACAACAUCCAGAAGGAGUCCACCCUUCACUUGGUGCUUCGGUUGAGGGGAGGGAUGCAGAUCUUCGUGAAGACCCUCACGGGUAAGACAAUUACUCUGGAGGUGGAAAGCUCCGACACCAUCGAUAAUGUGAAGGCCAAGAUUCAGGACAAGGAGGGAAUUCCCCCUGACCAGCAGAGGUUGAUCUUCGCUGGAAAGCAGCUCGAAGACGGCCGCACCCUUGCAGACUACAACAUCCAAAAGGAGUCCACUCUCCAUUUGGUGCUUCGUCUCAGGGGAGGUAUGCAAAUCUUCGUGAAGACCCUCACAGGAAAGACGAUCACUCUCGAGGUGGAAAGCUCCGACACCGUGGACAACGUGAAGGCAAAAAUCCAGGACAAGGAAGGGAUUCCACCAGACCAGCAGAGGCUGAUCUUCGCUGGUAAGCAGCUCGAAGAUGGCCGCACUCUCGCAGACUACAACAUCCAAAAGGAGUCCACUCUCCAUUUGGUGCUCCGUUUGAGAGGAGGAAUGCAGAUCUUCGUAAAAACGCUGACCGGCAAAACGAUCACUCUGGAAGUGGAGAGCUCCGACACUAUCGACAACGUUAAAGCUAAGAUUCAGGACAAGGAGGGCAUUCCUCCUGAUCAGCAAAGAUUGAUCUUCGCUGGUAAGCAGCUCGAAGAUGGUCGUACCCUCGCAGACUACAACAUCCAAAAGGAGUCCACUCUCCAUUUGGUGCUUCGUCUCAGGGGAGGUAUGCAAAUCUUCGUCAAAACUCUGACCGGAAAGACCAUCACUCUGGAGGUGGAAAGCUCGGACACGAUCGAUAAUGUGAAGGCCAAGAUUCAGGACAAGGAAGGAAUUCCACCAGACCAGCAGAGGCUGAUCUUCGCUGGCAAGCAGCUCGAAGAUGGCCGCACGCUCGCAGACUACAACAUUCAGAAGGAGUCUACUCUCCAUUUGGUGCUCCGUUUGAGAGGAGGAAUGCAAAUCUUCGUCAAGACUCUGACGGGGAAAACCAUCACUCUGGAAGUGGAGAGCUCUGACACCAUCGACAAUGUGAAAGCCAAAAUCCAGGACAAGGAGGGAAUUCCUCCCGACCAGCAGCGAUUGAUCUUCGCUGGCAAGCAGCUGGAAGAUGGUCGUACACUGGCCGAUUACAACAUUCAAAAAGAGUCGACGUUGCAUCUGGUGUUGCGUCUGCGAGGAGGAAACUAAAUCAGCGUCUCGUGAAGUUCAUGCGCAAUUUCAAGCUGUAACCGUUCGUAAUUUCAUAUUCCUGUCUGUCCACAUCUUUGACAAAGAAUUGGUUAGAUUCAUACUGUAAAUAAAGUAUAUACGUUCUCCGA